AUGUUAGUUUUUAGCGUCACGCAAAAACUUGAUCACGCCACUCGGAAAGCGUGGAAGUUAAAAACCGGUGACGACCCGAACAUUCCUUCGUAUGAAGCUCUCGACCGAUUUCUCGACACGCGCAUUCGUGCAUUGGAGGAAAUCUCUCCGGCUAAUGCUUCCAAAUUCUUGCGCGCGCCAAAAGUUACCAGUGCUAACGCCACUGCCGCUGGUUUAUCGUGCCCAUUAUGUCGGGCCGCGCAUUUCAUCAACAAAUGUCCGCAAUUUUUGAGGAGGACUCCGAGUCAACGCCUUGAAGUCAUUUUAAAAGCGAAGCGAUGCGUCAAUUGUUUGAGCGCAAAGCACGCUGUACAAACGUAUCCAAGUCAAUACUCAUGCAGAACUUGCCAAAGCAAGCAUCACUCGAUGCUGCACGUUGACUCGGCCUCUUCCUCAACUGCAUCCGCUGUCUCUCAAAAAAACGAAACCUCGUCGAGUGUGUCGUCAGACUCUAUCGCGAUUACUUCGGCCACGGCAUUAUGCUCCCAGCUAACAGGCGUCGCGCUCCCGCAAGUGUUACUCGCGACGGCCCGCGUCACCGUCGGUGCACCGUCGGGUCGGACUCUCACCGUGCGAGCGCUUCUCGAUCAAGGCUCGGAGAUCACCUUCAUCACGGAGCGUCUUGCACAAACUCUCAGAAUGCGUCGCAUUCGCCAACCACUCUCGAUUUCCGCCGUCGGCGGAAUGAACGCCGGAACUUGUCAAUUCGCCGCUAAGAUUCGGAUCGCCCCGAUCAAUCAAGCUGCUCCCGUGUUCACGACAACCGCGUCGAUUCUCAGAUCUCUCACAAAAUAUUCGCCUUACAAGGCAAAUUCCAGCUAUGAUUGGAGCUAUAUAAGCGAUCUCACUCUGGCCGAUCCGAAUCCAACAAGCGCUGACCCGAUCGAAAUCCUGAUCGGAGCAGACUUAUAUGGCGAAUUGCUGCUUAGCGGCAUUUGUAAAGGCGCCCCUGGGCAGCCAAUUGCGCAGCAAACUAUUUUCGGCUGGGUUUUGUCGGGGCCCAUGUCCGAGCUGUCGACGCAAUCGCGAGCGAUCACCGUUCAGCAUUGCGCGAAUUCGGAGGCUCUAGAUCAGGAGCUCAGACGAUUCUGGGAAAUCGAAGAAACUCCUCGACAGGCUCUCCUCAGCCCUGAAGAGCAGCAGUGUGAGGAGCAUUUCACAGCCACGCAUUCGCGCGGUGCUGACGGUCGAUACACUGUGCACCUUCCGUUUAAGAGCGGUCCGCCGAUCGACAUCGGCGAUUCGCGCCACACGGCUGAACGCUACUUGCGAGGCUUACAUCGUCGCUUCCUUCGACAUUCCGACCUUCGUGCGGCCUACGCCGAAUUUAUGCACGACUACAAAUCAUUAGGACAUAUGAACGAAGUGAAGAGCGAUCAAGUCGCCUCGCAGGAAGUGUAUCUCCCUCAUCAUCCUGUCAUUCGCAACAGCAGCGUCACGACAAGAUUGCGAGUCGUAUUCAACGCGUCGAGUUUGACGACCAAUUCAACGUCGCUGAAUAAUCACUUGCUCACCGGGCCAAAGUUACAAGCGGACUUAUCGGCUGUCAUUCUGCGCUGGCGACAGUUCCGCUACGUUUACGCUGCCGAUAUAACAAAAAUGUAUCGCCAAAUAGUUAUGGACCCGCGUGACAUCGAUUACCAGCGAAUUCUAUGGAGCGGCGCUCCUUCAGAACCCGCUCGAGCUUAUCAGCUCACUACUGUCACAUACGGCACAGCCUGUGCGCCAUUUUUAGCGCUACGCGUCAUUCGUCAGCUCGCUCAAGAUGAGGGUAGUUCUUUCCCACUCGCUGCUAUUGUUCUGCAGCAAAAUACUUAUGUCGAUGACAUUCUCUUCGGGGCGGACGACAUACCUCUCCUUCGUCAAGUUCGCGAGCAGAAAGAAGUCACGUACCUGGGACAUGUCAUAAGCGAAACUGGAGUGAAACCCGAUCCUAAAAAGAUAACCGCGGUUCAGAGUUUCCCUCGCCCUAAAGACCCGAAGAAUAUCAAGCAAUUUCUCGGGCUAGCGGGAUACUACCGGAGGUUCAUACCUAAUUUUUCGAAGAUAGCGCGCCCGCUUACCGAUCUGCUGAAAAAGGAUGAGACCUUUGUUUGGCAUAAGGAACAGGAGACAGCCUUUACGCACCUCCGCGAUGCAUUGUGCAAAGAACCGAUACUACAGUAUCCGGAUUUUACGAAACCUUUCGUUAUAACUACCGACGCAUCCGGAUAUGCAAUAGGCGGUGUCCUGAGCCAAGGGCCGAUUGGAAAAGACCUCCCUAUAGCCUACACCUCCAGGUUACUAAAUAAGGCCGAGCGAAACUAUUCGACUAUAGAAAAGGAACUAUUAGCAAUAGUUUACAGCGUAAAUUUCUUCAGGCCUUACAUAUACGGUAAGAAGUUUAAAUUGGUCACGGAUCACAAACCUUUGGUGUGGCUACAUUCAGUAAAAGACCCAUCUUCCCGUCUUGUCCGAUGGCGUCUAAAACUAUUAGAAUACGAGUAUGAGGUAUUAUACAAAGCAGGAAAAAUAAACGCCAAUGCAGACGCCCUCUCGCGA